AUGCCUACCAUGACUCGGAUGAAUCGCCACUCGAGCUCCAAUGCCGUGGAAGAGACGCGGGGCAGACGUCGCAAUGCGAGCGGCGAUGCGAACAAGGAGAACUUCGGGAUACACUUUAUGAGCAGCCCCUUUGGCAAUAGCAGCCUGAUUGCUCUCCAGGAUCUGAGCAAUGUGCAUGGCAAGAGUCCGCAGAGACGCAGCUUCAGUGAGGGCAGUGGACCGCGACAGGCGACACCACAAAUGGGGGCGCUGCGUUGCCUGCCACGCAUUGGAGGAGGAGUUGCCGGUCUGGAGGAUUCACAAUUGUCAUCGUCUCGCAUGGGAGACACGACCUUGGAUCGCAUGCUGGAUGCGAUUAUCGAAUCGGCACGUAAAGAGGUGCGUUGCAAGUCGGUGACUGCGACGGCGACGACGACGGUGACUGCGCUGCCUGCCACAACGCUGGCUGAUGGCGAGUGGAGUGAGAGCAGCAUUCAUGAGAUGGAGGUGCGAACGCCGACACAUCUGAAGCGACAGCGUGUGGUGCGACGCAAGAAUCAACAGAAGGCGGCAAGCAACAAUGCAACCACCAACACCAACAACAGCAGCAGCACCACCACCACUACCACCACUACCAUCACCAACAGGCAGAGUGGCUUGCGCCGGCAACCAAAGCAGCCUAAUCUUGACCAUAUUCCCAGCAUCAAACGUUGCCUGAGCUUUUCCAGCUCCACCUCAAGUGAUCUGGAGGACGAUGAACAUUUUGCCAAACGCAGUUCCAUGGCUUCCUCUGCCUCCGCCUCCGCCUCCGCUUCCGCCUCUGUCUCUAUCUCUGCCAGCACCACGCACAGUGGGGAUUUCAGUUCCAGGGGCAGCAUCGAUUUGAGCAUCACUUACAAUGUCCAGCAACAACAAUUAAAUGUACAUGUUAUACGCUGUCGCGAUCUGCAGCGCUCUCAUGGCUCCGGCAGCAUCAACGCCUACGUCAAGGUGGCACUGGCAACAGGCCAGCAGCACCACCCAACCACCAGUGUUGCCACAAGCAGCACGAGUGGCGGCAACUGCACGGGUCGCUUCCAGCGCACCGCCGUCCAUCGUCACUCGAGUCGUCCGUAUUUUGAUGAGCGCUUUAACUUCCAUGUGGAGGAGGGCAUGUUGCAUGCCACAUCCAACCAACAGCAGCUGCAGCUGGCCGUGUGGCAUCGGGAUCGCCAUUUGAAACGUAGCGAGUUCCUCGGUUGCCUCACAUUUCCAUUAAGCGCUUUAGCCGAGCAGUCGAGCUUCAGUGCAUCGGGAUCCUACAAGUUGCACGCUCAGGGAUGUCUUCAUAGCUGCCGCAGUCAACAGCACGCCUUCGUCAACGUCACGCCCACAAGCCGUCCACAGCAGCAGCAGCAGCAGGGAGAAAAGGAGGAACAAGGAAAGAAUAAGGAGCAGCAACAGUUGUUAAAUUUUAAAGAAACUGGAGAAAUCAACAACAAGAUGACAACGAUGGCAGCAGCACCAUUAAAAGCAAACACCACCAAUAACAUCAGCACAGUUGAUGACGUCAUCAGCAUCAGCAUCGAUAGUAAGCCAGAUGAGGCACAGUUGCAGCUGCAACAGUUGCAACAACCACAUCAACCGAUGGUGUUGAGCAAAAAGGCGUUGCAUCAACGUGAUGCCGAUGAGAAUUUAUUUUUACGCUUUCUCGAAUUGGAUCCACCAGCCGAUGGCAAUGCGAAUAAUACAACGGCAACGGUUGCUGGCACUGGAUCAUCGAAUGCGAAUGCGAACAUGAAUUCGAUAACGAAUGCAAAUUCGAACAAUGCGAAUCAUAUGAAUGGCGGCAACGCGACGCGACGUUGUUCAACACUGGCCGGACGCCAGCCAACGGGCCGGACACCGUUCACGAUGACCAGACGCUUGACGCGAACGGAGGAGCGGGGAUUCGGUUUCUCCAUUGUGUGGACACAUCCGCCGCGUGUGGAAAAAGUCGAGGCGGGCUUGUCAGCCGAUCGUUGUGGCAUUUUGCCGGGCGAUUAUGUCAUAUUUGUGGAUAAGCACAAUGUGGUCACGAUGCCCGAGGCUGAUGUUCUGAAUUUGAUACGAUCGCAGGGCUCGUCCUUGACGUUGGAGAUAUUCAGAAGGUCAGGCGCGGGCGCCAACAUGGCCAACAACAUCACAACAACAUCGGUUACGGUCAACGCCAGCCUCAACAGUCACAACUCAAUCCAAACGCAUGCUCAAUCCCAAUCCCAAACCCAAACCCACACCCAAACCUAUUCCCAAUCCCAGCAACAGGAGCAUGCAACAACAACAGCAGCAACAACAGCAACAGCAGCAGCAACAACAGCAACUACUCCAGCAGCAACAACAAUGCUGUUGCAACGCACGAGCAGCACACGUGCCCCAUUUAGUGGCAACAAUCAAUCUCGGCCUGCCACCGCCUGCUCCGGCACCACAUCCUCCAUUGAGGCGGCCAAGCGACGCCUGCAUCUGCCUCAGGUUACGUUCAGCAAGGAGUCCAUUGUUCCCAUCACGGAUAAUCGUCGGCGUUUUCUGCUGCAGCUCAUCAGUCGGGAGCAGAAUUUCACAGCGGCUCUACACUUUGGAAUACAACGGUUUGUGCAACCGUUGGUGGAGCGUAAGGAUCUGAUAUCGCCGAAUGAUCAUCGCACGUUGUUCCAGAACAUCGAUGAGCUGCUGCGAAUUGCGGAGGAUAUAUUGGAGCAGUUGUGCAGCAAUGAUCAGGAUCAGGAGCCGCACAUGAAUUUCGCCUCACGUGUCUAUUUGUCCAAGACGACGGCAAUUUGUGCCGCGUACAAGAAAUAUUGCAAUGGCAUCAAGCGUGCAGAUUGCGUCCUGGUUAACAAGUCAAGGCAAACGGGUUCCGAGUUCAUAUCCUUCAUCACAGAGCCGGCUGUGCCGCGCAAGCGUCCAGAUCUCACAAUGUUCAUACACCGUCCGCUGCAGCAUUUCCGAGAGAUUCUAAAGCUGAUGCAGCUCCUGGCCAGCAAUUGUCACGUGGACACCGAGGAGCAUAAGAACUUCAGUACUGUGAUCAAUGAACUGCAGGCCGCCUAUCGAGAGAUAACUGUAAGCAGCGGCCUAAUGGAGCCUCUGGGCGAGGGACGUCCACUGCUGACGCUGCAGGAUCUCGAGUCUCGCAUGGUGUUCACCAAGUGCAAGCCCUUUACAUUGGCCGUCCAGGGUCGUCAGUGGAUAUUCGGUGGCGAUCUCUCACGCGUCGAGGGUCGCUCAAUAAAACCCUAUUGGACGUUGCUCUUCAGCGACAUCAUUGUGUUCGCCAAGGUCAGUCGGGAUAGGGUGCUCUUUAUUACCGAGGAACCCGUACCCAUUGCCAAUGUGGUCGACUCCUGUUUUCACAUGCGCAAGAAAACUACUGAGUUCCGUCUGACUGUCGAUCCGAACGGACGCCUGGCCGAGAGCCCAACCGGCUACUGUGCUCCUGAUCUAACACGCACUCCAAAACGUGGAGCCAGACGCAAGAGUCUUAUACUUCGUGCCCCUUCUCUGGAGCUUAAGGCUGUCUGGCAGAAUCUCUUGCAGCGUCAAAUAUUUCUGGUAAAUGCAGCACUGGGCUCAACGCCAUUGUCCAGUCCAUUGGACUCACCGGAUGUGCUGAACACGCUGGUGCCGUUGAGCGAUAUUGGCAUCACCUCUGCAUCGAUGGGAUCGAUGAAGCUGCCCUCGCUGGACAGCAUCAAUCUGAAGCAACAGAAACAGCAGGUGCGUCUCUUUCGCAGCAAGCGCCUGGACAGCGCCGAUUCCUAUGAGAAUCUACAGCGUUUGGCCAGUGCGCUGGUGCCGUCGGUACACCAAGCGGGUGGUCAUGUCUCUACCUCCACCUCCGCCUGCGCUGCCCCCUGCAUUACGGCCAGCACACAGACGCCACAGCAGCUCUGUUCCGCCUCGUUGCCAUCACGCACCACUUCACCCGCUCGUCGUGGUCAUGCCAGCAGCUGUGGUGGCUCCAUGCCAAAUGGUGUAGGCGGCGGCGGUGGUGGUACACAGACACUGACACAGAACUCGGCACAAUCGCUGCCCAGUGCGAGUAGCAAGUGCUUGACAGCCAUACCGGAGGCAACCGCUGAGCCGGCGGCGUCGGUGGCAUCGAUAGCGACAUCGGUGGCGCCAAGGCAUGCACAGAAAUUGUUAGAGUUUAGUCUGAGCUCGGUGGGUCGUUCCUUUAUCGAUGAUUCUGUGACGCAUGUGACGCAACAGGUGUCGCUGACCACGCCCGAAACGCCCACGCCGAAUAUAUCGCCCAGUUCGCAGGUCUGCAACUCAGAUGCCUUCUCCAAUGACUUUGUGCCGCCGACAACAUCAACGGUUAGCGUUGUGGCAUCCACAACUGGCCGUACCGUUAAUGCAACCAUACCGCUGGCCGAGUUCGGCGGCUCUUGGGAUUUGUUGGAGCUGGAUCUGCAGCUAAAUGAGGUGAAUUUGGAUCCGUGCUAUGACACGGAUGUUGAGGAAUGCAUCUUUUUGGGCGAUGGCGUGGGCAGUGGCUCAAACGCUAACGCUGGCGGAUGCAUUCGCCAAAUGGACGAUGAUGAUAAUGAUGACCGACUAUUGCAGCAGAGAAGCACAAACCAUGGCCAUGCCGUGGAGCAAAUCGAGCUGCUGAUUGAUGAGAAAUGUCGCAUCCUCAACAAGACGGGCACACCGAAAUCAAGUGCCUUACACUUAGCCAACUGGAUGAAGGGUCAACUGGACAAGCAACAACAACAGGCCCGUCUCGUGGCCAUCGCACGGUCCCAGGAGAAUGUCAGUGCCGAUGAUGAGCAGCUGAUCUUCAACAGCGACAGCGAACAGGAUGAACGCAUCAUUUAUUGGACACGCCAACAGCUGGAGAAGCGCACCAAAGAGCUUAACCUGGCCAAAGAGAAUGGCACCUUCUUGGCCAAGCCCAAUUUUGGAGGAAAACGCCUCAGCGGCGUCGAGGAACUAAGCAUGUGUGCCACAUCCGACAUCUAUUCCGAGGCAGAGGUUGUUCCUAGCCAGAUUAGUCAAUCGCAUAGCACCACAUCGGAUAGUCAGAUCACAGUACGCUCGAGUCCCAUAGUGCUCGACAAAUUGGCAGUGUGCCGCCAUUGCCAUAAGAAUUGCCAGCAGAGUGCAGCGGGUGGCGGAGGAGGACGCGGAUCAGCUGGUGCUUCAGGGGCUGCUACAGCUGGUGGCGUCUCCUCAUUGCUAUGCAACUCACUGAAGGUGCAGCACAGUCAAUCCUCGCCGAAUCGCUGCUGCAAGCUCAAUGGCAUUGGGACGGCAGCGGGAGCGGCUGCUGGUACCGUCAGUGGUGCUGGUGACGGUACUGGUACUGGUACUGGAACUGGUACCGCCACUGGCAGCGUGACGAGCAUGUCCAGCAGCACGAUCACCGGUGAGCUAUCCUCCAAGGUAGUCGCUAGCAGCAGCCGUCGGGAGACCGGCGACACUGAAAGUGAUGUGGCCCAACUAAUAACGGAUGAAUUGUCGCUGUCACAAUCAGAGGCGACCGAUGACAGCGUUGGCGCCAUGCCCAACAGCAGCAGCAGCAGCGCAGCGGUCGCCGACGCCCAGCUACGCGUUCUAGGGCAGCAACAGAGGACGCCGCUGGCCAACGGACACUGCUCGGCUUCCGUCUCAGUACAGCCUCAACCGCCGCCACGACGCACACGCAUUGUGGCACAUUCAAGCCAAGAGCCGACGCGACCUUGUGCCAAUCAACAGGUGAAGGCCAUUGUGACCAUCACGGAAACCGCACGCAUAAUGCGUAGCACUGAUCGAUCAACAGCGGGUUCCGCAUCCGGUUCGAUUUCUGGUUCGCCGGCCAAAUAUGCGGCCUGCCGUUGUCGCUGUACGCCGGAGGAUUUCACGCAAACGCAGAUGGCACCCGAUAAAAUGGAGCAGCAGACCUGCAAGCUGCUGGAGUCGCCGAAACAGAAGGCAACCGCUGUGCAGCGACAGGAGGAUGAUCAGUUGUCCCUCAUGCUCAUUGGACUCGCACAGUUUGCACCGACGAUCAAAUUGUGUGGUCAGGAAAAUCGAUCGAUGGUCAUCAAGGAAGCGAAUCCAACGAUUGCUGUGGUGCCGCCCACGCCGGAUGCGGUGUUGACCAAAACCACAACGCAUGUGUGGGAUAACAGUGGUGGUGCAAGUGGUGCAAGUGGUGCAGUUGCCACAGCUAGUGAGCAAAUUACGACAGCAACCACAUCGACAACAACGGCCAAACAGCCGAGGCAGGCAAUCAUUGAGAAUAUACCCGAGGACUCGUGCGAUGAGUCGCCGCUGGAGGAGGAGCCACCUUACCGACCGAUGGGCACUGCCCUGAGACGCUUUGGCACCAUGUCCAGUCUGGAGAAGUUGCCCUCCGAUGAGCAGGACGAUGAUCAGGAGCCCUACACACAGAAUGGCCUCAACGAGCAAAAGGAGGCGAUUAACGAUGGCGAUAACGAUAACGACAACGAUAACGAUAACGAUACCGAUAACGAUGGCGAAGAUGAUAUCGAUAUCGAUGCUGAUGCUGAUGAUGAUGAUGAGGAUGCAGAUAAAGCGCUCGCUCAGAAUCUUAACGAGCUGGCGACCUGUUCCAGUGUGACCAUCACAAAUGGAGAUGUUCUCGCCAGCGGUGCCUGGACGAAUCGUGCUGGAGCAUUUGUCAGCGAUAAGAUGUCCUUCUUCGAGGAGUCUCGAGCAUUUAUCGACAAGUAUUUGGGACGUUGGAAUGCAAAUGAACAGUCAUCGGGUCAGGGACAAUCGAAUCAAACGGCAUCCGAGACGGAUGAACAAAUGGAUGAAUGCACAUCGGGCGCCACAUCGGGGGAGGAGGUGUGGGGCACACCAACCAGCGGUGGGGAUAACGAUGACAUGCAAUUGAUCAACUCGGAGAAUACACACUCGUCACCGACAAAGUCAAGCACCUCGUUGAAUGAUGAUGAUGAUACCGAGCUGAUGAUGGAUGAACUGCUGAUGGCGCCUCCAAUGACCGCCAGCACCAUUCGAGGACUGCUGCCACGUUUUUACAGACGCCGUCUUGAGCCGCUGUUUGAGGAGGAAACUGAAAGCGAUGAAGAGAAAACCCAACAGGACAGCGAUGACAUCAAAAAGGGGGAAGCAACGACAAAUGGCCACUACCUAGAGGAUUUGGCUGGAAGUUCAAGCGACGAGGCAGCCCCCUCAAUGGGGGAUCGCCAGGAAGGGGAGGUGGAGGAGGAGGAGGAGGAUCUGGAUCUGGAUGUGGAGUCACACUCCAGCGAGGAUCGUCUGCUACCGAAUCUGGCUACCACAGCAUCGGGUCCACGUCCACUGUCAAAACCUUUGACUACUAUCAGGCUGUUGCCAACCACAGCCAUAACGAACCAGAAUCCCUUCCCGACUCCCAGCCAGAGUCCAGCUGUACCACUGCCACCUCCAGUGGCCUCAUCCUGCGAGUAUCUACUCGAACAGCGGCCAUCUGUGAUCACAGCAAUGACAUUAUCCACGACAACGAUUACAUCUGUAAUCGCCACAACGAUGACGAUGACGAUGAGCAGGAUGAUGACGACGACGCCAACGACAACGACGACAACGAUGACGACGACGAUGAUGACGACGGUGAGUCGGGCUCCCUCAUCGAUUACUACAACAACCAGCAGCGGGAGCGGCACUAUCAACAGCGCCGUCAGAGCCAUCGUCAAGCCACCGAGAUUUAUACCACCACCGCCGCCACCUCGUCGUCUGUUGCUCACGCAGACAAAUCUAAGCGCUGCACCGGUCAAAGCGCAGCCACCUCAAAGAAAAUCUGGCGCUACUGCUGACAGUGGCUGCUCGGCGGUUGUCGUCGACGUCGCCAACGAUUCGCCCACAAUCGUUACCGGGUCAAGGACAAUGCCUGCGAAUACCAGAACCUCUGUACCGUCAGUGGCAUUGGGGGCGAUGUCAGCGGCGGCGGGAUCAGGCCAAAAACGUCCAUCGUCAACGAUAAUCGAGACUUGCCUGUUGGGUGCCGCACCACAGCCCGCCUCAGCCACUUUAUCAGCAACAGUCUCGAGGAUGGCAAAACCGAGCCGAGCGAACAUCUCACAGAUCAGCCCAGUUGCAGUGGCGCCACAGCAACAGCAGCAGCAGCCACCGCCGCCGCCGGAGGAGGAGAAGACGAAGAAGAAGGAGGGGGAGGACGAAAUAACCGUUCAACGUUCAGUGGUCGCUGCCCCAGCGCCCCACUUUGGUUGCGGCUUAAGUCCAAGACUGGAAAUGCGCUUGGCACUCAACCACGACAUCCUCGGGGACGAGGACUUGAUCUGCUACGAGCCUGGUCCAGAUCUAACAACUAUUCUGGGGCACGACCUCUCCACAUUUCAUCGUCUGACGGGUCGCGAUUUAUUGAGUCGUUCAGCCACGAAUCGUGUGCAGCCAAAAGAGGCUGUCAUAUCGUACUCUCAACAACGCAACUCCAAGAUGGACACACCGACGGUGAAUCGGCGUCCACGUCCCACGGUCUCCGCGGCUUCCGGUCCCGGAACGAGGAGUCGCAGCAGCAGCAGCCACGGCAGUCGCAGUCCAAGCGUCGUUGGUUCAGUUCGUGCCGUCGUCGAUCGACAACGCCCGCAUCCAAAUCCAAAUACAUGGAACAGUUCUGCAUCUGCGGCUCGAGCCGCCGGCGGGAGCGGAAACGUCGCCGACAGCAGCAUAAAUUGCAGCAACAACAGCGGAGGGAGCAAAUUAGGAGAUCUGGAAAUCUUAGCGAGACGAGAGAAGACAUAUUGCAUGUCUCAAUUGAGGAGUGGCUGUCAAGUCAGGGCGACAUCCGCGACAACAACGAAAACGACAACAACAACGACAACGACAACAGCGACAACGACAACGACGAUGCCAACGAGACGCGACUGUUCCUUGCCAACGAGCCAAGCAGCAGCAGCAGUCUCUCUGACGAGGACGAUGAGUACUACUUCGAUGGAUGCGGUGGCACCCACAACAACAGCCACAACAACCACAACAAGAGCAACAACGACUGAAGCGUGCCUCGAAACGGAAGCAGGGAAAUCAAACCGUCUCAUUAACUUUAUCAAGCGUCGCAACUCUGAGAUAACCGCCAGCAGCAGCAGCAACAGCAGCAAUCCCAACAACAACUCCGACAGCACAUGCAACGAGCAGCCGCAGCUGAUGUUGCCACUACAUCCGAGUCAUAGUCAGAGCGGUCAGAGCGGCCAGCUCCUGAGGCAGUCACCGGAUGUCGUGGACAUGGCACAAAUGUCACCGCGCAAGGACAACGACAAACCCUCGCUAAAUCGCCGCCUGUGGAAACAAAUCACGAAACGAAGACGCACCAACUCCGUAUCCCAGAUUGUCGCUGGUUAAGGCAUCAUUCUCUUUGGCCCAUCUUGCACUCGCACUCGCUCCUUCUCCUUCUCCUUCUCCUUGUAUCUUGUAUUCGCAUCGUGUUUAGCUAGAGAUACAUCUGAACGUAUCUGUAUUCACCUGUGUGAUAUUUGCCAGCGUAGUGCUUUCUUAGUUUAGUUAAAAGAAUGUGACGGAAUCGUAAAGAUUCCCAAAUCAAAGACCGUUUACACUCUAUGUUACUGUGCUGUAAUUUCAACAGAAAGCAUCCAAAAUUCCAAA